AUGGUGCUCUGCCGCGACUCGACACGUCAGGCGAUUUGCUCACCGCUUGACUGCCCAUCGACGGAUGACUGCGGCACAGAUCGACCGGGGUCCGUGACAGAUACUAAAAUUACUUCACUCUCGCUCCAUUCCCUGACAUUCGCUGUAACUCGUUGCCCAUUACAGCCGCACGUGGACACGUGCUUUCAAACACACUUGGCACUGAGAACGCGCCAGACCGAUCACAACCACCUCGCCCAGUCCCUGCUGCCCCCGAAAUCCAUCCGCGCCCGUUCCCCCUUUCUCUUCAUAUUCAUCUUCCGACCUUCCCCUUCCUGCAGUCUCGCAUCUCUCUCUCCUCCCUCCUCCCGAUGUUUAAGUUCAGCUUCAACGACCCAAAACCCUCGCCAACCUCCCCCCGCACCUCUUCCACUGCACCCCCCGCCACCUUCGACGCGCCCCCGCGCCCCCACCCACUCGCCGCCAGCCCCUUCCUCCCCUCCGCGCCGCACGACGCCGUCCCGCUGUGCGAAUCCGCGCUCCUCCUGCGCAAGUCCAUCGCCACGCCGCCGCCCCAUCUGUCCCCGACGGGCGCGGAUAUCCUCCCCGCCACGUACGAGGGCGGGUACAAGCUGUGGGAGUGCGCCGUCGACCUGGCCGAGCAUCUCUACCGCGCCGAGCAGCCCCGCCUUCGCGGGAGCGCCGUGCUCGAGCUGGGCGCCGGCCACGCCUUCCCGGCCAUCGUCGCCGCCAAGUGCGGCGCCGACCCCGUCCACGUGCAGGACUACAACGCAGAGGUCCUCGACGACGUCACCGCCCCCAACCUGCGCGCCAACGUCCCCCGCUGCGAGCACGUCGUCAAGCUCUUCGCGGGCGCGUGGGCCGGGCUCCCGCCCGUGCUCGGGAGGAAGUACCCCGUCGUCCUGUCCAGCGAUACCGUCUAUGCGAAGGACCAGAUCGAACAGCUUGCAGAGUGCAUCUUGGCCGUGCUGCCGGUCGGCGGCGUCGCCUUCGUGGCCGGCAAGACCUACUAUUUUGGCGUUGGGGGCGGCACGAGAGAGUUUGCGAAGCGCGUCAAGGAGAUGGCUGCGGAGGCUGAUGGCGUGCGCGUGGAGGUCGACGUUGUCAAGGAGAUUAGGGACGGAUGCAGCAACGUGCGCGAGAUCUUGA